AUGGCGAGUAAAGGGAAAUUCCCCGCGUUGAGCAGUAGUGAGCACCCAAACACAUUGUACGAGCACCUACACCAAUUUCACCAGGAUUUGAAUGCCCAGUUGAAGGCCUGCAUGCAACUCAACCGCAAGCUACCAGCCGAGAUAUACAUUCGUCUCCUCGACAGUUUCGAGGAACUCAAGAACAAGUUCUGCACCACAUAUAACAACAAAGAGAUCACUGAACGCCUCAAAGUGAUUCAACAAGAGAGUCGGGAGCUGGGCGAACGUCAAAGAGCCCUCCUCAGAUCGAAAAAUGAGACCAUCAACGAGAUCACCAUCGCUGCCGUACGACAACUAAAAAGCGGCGACCUAGAGAUCACAGCACAUACCGAGGACGAUGUCAACGCCCUGGCUCUCUACGCUGCCGAAUGGAUCAAAACCCUCCGGGAACAGGCAUUCAUCUACCAGCACACAUACGGUAUUGUCGUGAACACGAUACGCACGAAAGCGCUCGGCGCUAUUAGAAACUAG